CACAUGCAGGAGUUCCCACCGAAGGAUGACGAUAAAGCUCGUAUUCUCAGUACAUAAAGAAGGAAACUCAAGCAGACACAACAGCCCCACACCUACCGCCUGCAUGAUCUCCAGGCUUGCCCUUCUUCUUCUCUACGUCACCGCCACAAGCGGUAAUCCUGCAGCGGGUGUGCCAUGGAAAUGGAAGUCUCCCCAGCCAAAGGUUACUCCCACCGGCCCAAUUAGGUCACCUCGCAUCGUAGGAGGUAGGGAGGCGUCGCCCCACUCGUGGCCCCAUCAAGCUGCUCUCUUCAUCGACGACAUCUACUUCUGCGGCGGCUCCCUCAUCUCUAAUGAGUGGGUGCUGACCGCCGCGCACUGCAUACACGGAGCCAAGUCAGUGGAGGUUGUCUUGGGCGCUCAUAACAUACGUGAGCACGAGGCCACGCAGGUUAGCCUCACCAGUACACAGUUCACAGUCCACGAGAACUGGGACUCCCACAAGAUGAGGAACGACAUCGCCGUUAUCAAGCUGCCUAGACCGGUGACCCUGAACCAAUACAUUGUCGCCACCAGACUCCCAAAUUUUGAACUGGGUCUGUUUAAAACUACUACCGUGACUGGCUGGGGCAAAUACUCUGACUAUACUACAGAAAUCUCUGACGUGCUUCGCGAGGUCGACAUCACCGUCAUCGACAACUCAAACUGCGAUAAUGUAUAUGGGAUUGUGACCUCCGGAAAUAUCUGCACAUCUGGCGUGGGCGGGAAGGGGACGUGCAGGGGUGAUUCAGGCGGACCUCUCAACUACAAUGGUUUCACUUUCGGCAUCACCUCCUUCGGAUCGUCGGUGGGGUGUGAAAAGGGCUACCCUAACGCCUUCACCCGCAUCACGCACUUCCUUCCAUGGAUCCACGCGCACACCGGCGUCACUGCCUGAGCUGAGCGUUACCGCCGUGACUGCAGAACUUGCUUCACUCACCAAUGUGUUCAAAUUAUCAGCGUUGCCAAAGUCCACUAUUCUUAUUCUCUUUUUCUAGUUUUCCGAUUUGAGUGAUUACUAGGAGUCUGUUGAUUAGUGUUAUUAUCGUUGUUAUUGUUACUAUUAUUAUUAUUAUCAUUAUUAUUAUUAUCAUUAUUAUUAUUAUUAUUAUUAUUAUUAUUAUUAUUAUUAUUAUUAUUAUUAUUAUUAUCAUUAUCAUUAUUAUCAUCAUUUGCAAUAGUCGAUGUAGCAACGGAAGCAGGAGCAGCAGCAACAGCAGCAGCAGCAGUAGUAGUAGUAGUAGUAGUAGUAGUAGUAGUAGUAGUAGUAGUAGUAGUAGUAGCAAUAGUAGAAGUAGUCAUAGUGAAAAUAAUAGUUUUCCUGGUUGUAGCAGCGGUGGUACCGAUUACGUACCUAAGGAAAUGAAAUAAAGAUUUAGUAAUCUAUAGAUGAGUUUUAAAUAAAAGGAUGAAAAGUAAAUGAAAAUAGGUAUAAAACAAAUCAGUAUGUAGAUGAAAUAGAAUGAAUAAAUAAAUAAACAAAAAAAUCAAAUAGGUUAGAGUAAAUCGUAUCUUUGAACAUGCUACAUCCUCAACCAUUAGCAUCUGUACCUUUGCCGAAUAUAAGUUUGUACCGUA